ACACACACAGGCACCAUGCAGGAGUCAGAGCCCACAGUGUGCCAGCUGCAGCCCAACAUCAUCUCUGUGCGUCUUUUCAAGAGGAAGGUCGGUGGUCUGGGCUUUCUGGUGAAGCAGAGGGUGUCCAAGCCGCCUGUCAUCGUGUCUGACCUCAUCCGUGGCGGUGCGGCGGAGGAGUGCGGCCUGGUGCAGGUGGGUGACAUCGUUUUGGCUGUCAACAACAAGCCCUUGGUAGACCUGUCCUACGAACGGGCCCUGGAGACGCUGAAGAACGUUUCCCCUGAGAGCCACGCUGUGCUGAUCCUCCGUGGGCCUGAGGGCUUCACCACCCACCUGGAGACCACCCUGUCUGGAGAUGGCCGCCAACGCACAGUGAGGGUCACACGUCCCGCUUUCCCACCCUCAAAGUCCUACGAGCACUGCUCCCCUCUCAGCCCAUUCAGCCCCGGGCAGCAGCAGCAGGUCAACAAGGAGCCCCAGCUUAGGGCCAUUGAGAACCUAUCCUCUCCGUCCAUCACCCAGUCGCUCCUGCAGAGGGGAGGCGUGCAGGUCCAGGACCCCCUGCUGACGAGGGACGGGAGCCGCGGCACUCUCCUGUGCAACGGGCUGGAGGAGAACAAUGAGCUGCUGAAGGAGAUCGAACCGGUGCUGCGCCUCAUCAAAAACAGCAAAAAGGAGAUCAAUGGAGAAGGACAGAGGAAUGUGGGGAGAAGAGACGCCGAGAUUCAAGUGGCCUGGGACCUCGGCGUGGGAAAUGGCACGUCUCCUGAGCUGCCGUCAGAUAACAAGAGAAUUCUGGAAAACAUGCCGGUGGUGGACCACAACGCCGACAAUGACAUGCCCCCGGCCCAGGGCAGGACCUCACCCACCAAGUCACUGCAGAAUGGCAGCCCCUCCAAGUGCCCCCGCUUCAUCAAGAUAAGGAACUGGGAGACUGGCACCGUCUACAGCGACACGCUCCACCACAGCUCCAGCAAGAUGCCAAUGUGCAGUGAAAAUGUGUGCCACGGCUCUGUGAUGGUGCCCACCCAGCACGUCCGCAAAUCAGACGAGGUCAGAACCAAAGAGGAGCUUCUUCCACUGGCCACUGACUUCAUAGACCAGUACUACACCUCCAUCAAAAGGAAUGGCUCUAAGGCACAUGUGGACAGGCUGGAGGAGGUGACCAAGGAGAUUGAAGCUUCGGGAACGUACCAGCUGAAAGACACUGAACUGAUUUAUGGGGCCAAGCACGCCUGGAGGAAUGCUGCCCGCUGCGUAGGGAGGAUCCAGUGGUCCAAGCUACAGGUUUUUGAUGCCAGAGACUGCACAACAGCUCAUGGAAUGUACAACUACAUCUGCAACCACAUCAAGUACGCCACCAACAAAGGCAACCUGAGGUCGGCUAUCACCAUAUUUCCUCAGAGGAUAGAUGGCAAGCACGACUUUCGAGUGUGGAACACUCAACUGAUUCGUUAUGCUGGCUACAAGCAGCCUGAUGGACAGAUCCACGGAGACCCUGCUAAUGUUGAAUUUACAGAGAUCUGCAUGCAGCUGGGAUGGAAAGCUCCGAAGGGUCGUUUUGAUGUCCUGCCUCUCCUGCUGCAAGCCAAUGGAAAUGACCCUGAGCUGUUUGAGAUUCCCGAAGACCUCAUCCUGGAGGUGCCGAUCACACACCCAAAGUACGAGUGGUUCAAGGAGCUGGAUCUGAAGUGGUACGGCCUCCCGGCAGUUUCGAACAUGCUGCUGGAGAUCGGUGGCCUGGAGUUCACUGGCUGCCCCUUCAGUGGCUGGUACAUGGGCACAGAGAUUGGCGUGAGGGACUUCUGCGACAGCUCACGCUACAACCUUCUGGAGGAGAUUGCUAACAGGAUGGCCUUAGACACCAGGAAGACGUCCUCCCUUUGGAAAGACCAGGCACUGGUGGAGAUUAACAUUGCUGUUCUUUACAGCUUCCAGUCAUGCAAAGUGACCAUAGUAGACCAUCACUCAGCCACAGAGUCCUUCAUGAAGCACAUGGAGAAUGAGUACCGGGUGCGAGGUGGCUGUCCUGGAGACUGGGUGUGGAUUGUGCCCCCCAUGUCAGGAAGUAUCACACCAGUUUUCCACCAAGAAAUGCUCAACUACCGCCUCACUCCUUCCUUUGAGUACCAGCCUGAUCCUUGGAAUACCCACGUGUGGAAAGGAGUCAAUGGGACGCCCACAAAGAAAAGAGCUAUUGGAUUCAAGAAGCUUGCCAAGGCUGUGAAGUUCUCGGCCAAGCUCAUGGGCCAGGCCAUGGCCAAGAGGGUGAAAGCCACCAUACUGUUUGCCACAGAGACAGGCAAAUCGCAAGAUUAUGCCAAAACUCUGUGUGAAAUCUUCAAGCACGCUUUUGACGCAAAGGUCAUGUCAAUGGAUGAAUAUGAUGUGGUGGACCUAGAGCAUGAGACGCUGGUGUUGGUGGUGACCAGCACAUUCGGCAAUGGCGAUCCACCUGAAAAUGGAGAGAAAUUUGGAGGUGCCUUAAUGGAGAUGCGCCACCCGACAUCCAACACAGAAGAUAGGAAGAGCUACAAGGUCCGUUUCAAUAGCGUGUCAUCCUACUCUGACACUCGCAAGUCCUCCAGUGACGAGCCAGAAGCCAAGAUUAACUUUGAGAGCACCGGACCUCUCGCUAAUGUCAGGUUCUCAGUGUUUGGCCUUGGCUCCAGGGCCUACCCACACUUCUGCGCCUUUGCCCACGCUGUGGACACGCUGUUUGAAGAGCUGGGGGGGGAGCGCAUCCUACGCAUGGGGGAAGGAGAUGAGCUGUGUGGCCAGGAGGAGUCAUUCAGAACCUGGGCCAAGAAGGUUUUUAAGGCUGCAUGUGACGUGUUCUGUGUUGGCGAUGAUGUGAACAUCGAGAAGGCCAACGACUCUUUGAUCAGCAACGACCGCAGCUGGAAGAAGAGCAAGUUCCGCCUCACGUACACAGCCGAGGCCCCGGCCCUCACAGAAGCAUUGUACAGUAUUCACAAGAAGAGGGUUUAUGGAGCAAAGAUGCUAGAGUCUCAAAACUUGCAAAGUCCCAAAUCCAAUCGCUCCACCAUAUUUGUGCGGCUCCACACAAACAACCACGACAGGCUGAGCUAUCAUCCCGGCGACCAUCUGGGCAUCUUCCCUGGCAACCACGAGGACCUGGUGACAGCUCUCAUAGAUAAACUGGAGGAUGCUCCACCUGUCAAUCAGAUAGUGAAAGUGGAGUUCCUGGAGGAGAGGAACACUGCCCUAGGUGUUAUCAGUAACUGGACAAAUGAGACUCGUAUCCCUCCCUGCACCAUCUACCAGGCCUUCCAGUACUUCCUGGACAUCACCACCCCACCGAGUCCUGUGCUGCUGCAGCAGUUUGCUGCUCUUGCAACCAAUGAAAAACAGAAAAAGAAACUAGAGAUCCUAAGUAAGGGCUUGCAGGAGUACGAGGAGUGGAAGUGGUACAACAAUCCGACACUGGUGGAGGUGCUGGAGGAAUUCCCCUCCAUCCAGAUGCCCUCCACUCUGCUGCUCACCCAGCUGCCCCUGCUGCAGCCUCGCUACUACUCCAUCAGCUCCUCUCCAGACAUGCACCCAGGAGAGAUCCACCUCACUGUCGCUGUGGUCUCUUACCGCGCCAGAGAUGGAUCGGGGCCUGUCCACCACGGAGUGUGUUCAUCGUGGCUCAACAGGAUAGAGAAGGGGGAGAUGGUGCCGUGCUUCGUCCGAAGUGCACCAUCAUUCCAACUUCCCAAAGACAACCAAGUACCUUGUAUCCUGGUUGGUCCAGGAACAGGUAUCGCCCCAUUCAGAAGCUUCUGGCAACAGAGACUGUAUGACCUUGAACACAACGGAAUUGAGUCGUACCCCAUGAUCCUGGUGUUUGGUUGUCGGCAGUCUGAGAUGGACCACAUCUACAAAGAGGAGACCAUCCAGGCCAAGAACAAAGAAGCGUUCAAGGAGCUCUACACGGCCUAUUCCAGAGAACCCGGCAAACCAAAGAAAUAUGUACAGGAUGUACUGCGCGAGCAGCUGUCAGAGACGGUGUACCAGUGCCUGAAGGAGGAGGGAGGACACAUCUACGUGUGUGGGGAUGUUACAAUGGCUGGAGAUGUUCUCAAGACUGUCCAGCAAAUCAUCAAGCAGCAGGCCAACAUGACCCUGGAGGACGCUGGCUUCUUCAUCAGCAAGCUGCGGGAUGAGAACCGCUACCAUGAGGACAUCUUUGGUGUCACCCUGCGCACCUAUGAGGUCACCAACCGGCUUCGUUCAGAGUCCAUUGCCUACAUUGAGGAGAGCAAAAAGGACUCGGAUGAGUAA